AUGAUCAGCUUCGACACGUUCUCGGGUCCUCGUGCGCGUGUGCGAGAGGCGGAUCUGGACUCGGAAGGGCUCUUGGUGCUUGCAGAGCAGCCCACACCGACGCCGGAGUUGUUUCCUCCGCCCUCGGACUCAUCGGACGAGGAAUUCUACGAAAGUCAGGACGAUAGCGACAGCUGCGAGCUCUUCCCUGAGCGCAAUGACGUCGACGACGUGGCGGAAGGUCAAAAGCAGAAUGAAGGUCGUCCUGCCAAGGAGCAAAGCCGCAUCCGCCAGCUCGUGGAGCUGCUGACGCUGCAGAGUCACAACGUGGGCGACGCUCGCUCCACGCUGGUGGACAAGCUGCUGGGCGUCGUCUCGGUGAAUGAGCUGGUGCUGACGCGCGCCACGGAGGAGCAGAUCGCCAACGCAGCCAAUGACGCGAUCACAGACGAGAUUUUGGCGUCUGUAGACCAGGAGGAGCGACGUCGGAACGAGCUGACAGUAAGAGACCAGCAGAUAGUGGCGACGUCAGCCUCGACACUGGAGCAAUUAAGUCCGUUCCGCGUACUGGAGUUAGUGGACGUACUGGACGCUACGACUGGCGGAAUGGUCAAGAAGGUCUUGACUAAAGUGCGUCGAAGAGCGCCACUUAACGCCAGAAUGGAGCGACACAACGAGAUGGACAGAGAUGUCGAGUUCUGCAGGUUCUGUUCAGCGUAUGGAGACCACACAGCCGCCCAACAUCGAUGUCGACUGUGUGGGAUCGAAGGACAUCAUCGUAGUCGAAGUUGCCCGAAUCGAGGAGCGAUUGCAGUCGAAUCGACCACAAAAUCGCCAGUGAAGACGGUCGAGGAACAGAAAUUCUGCACGUUAUGUAACGCGUGGGGCAUGCACGUGACAGAGCGUCAUCGAUGUCGCACGUGUGGAGCUCAUGGCACUCACCGUAGUCAACGGUGUCCAGCAGCGUCAUCGUCGUCUCUAGUGCCAUGGAUUGGACCGACAGAACUGAGAAAGGGACGUAAAUACUGUUCGUAUUGCAAUGCCUGGCGACCACAUGCGUCGGAUGAGCAUCGGUGUCGAUUCUGUGGAGUUAUUGGCGAUCACAGCAGCAAGAAUUGUCCUCAGCGGACGAAUGGGUCGCUCUCCAGCUCGAGAUAUACACAACACGCGGACGAUACGUCGCCAGCCUUGUCUCCAGAUAGGGCCAAGACGUUCUGUACAUUUUGUAGGAGAGAAGCUGCCCAUACGACGAAUGAACAUCUAUGUCGAGUGUGUCGAGCCGUGGGGAUGCAUCGAUCGGAUGGCUGUCCUCAGCGCAGUAGUAGCAGUACCGUGCUGUCGUAUUCGGUGGAUGCAGCAUCGAAAGUCCGAGAUCGCGUGCUGGAGACCAUCCCUCAAGUGCUACCACCCCCAGCAGCUACAUUGAUAUGGCGAAGUCUGGAUAAAGUGGGCGAUGCGGAUCUGAUACUACGCAGGACACUGCAACGGAUGGGCGUCUGGGGUGGAGGAUCUCAGACGCCUAUCACGACACCGUACGCACCACCAAGUCUUGACCUCAAGCGCUUGACUUCUUCUUCGUCGUCAUGUAGCAACUCGUCGGCUCCAUCGAUGCUGAACGAAGGACAGUCCAGUGGCGUGUACGUGUUGUCGUAUGCUGAAGGUCACUCCGUUGUCCCUGCUCGCAUUUUGAAGUACAUGCGCUUGCUCAUGCACCAUGAAGUAUCGACGAAUGCCUUUUCCGUGGUGGUACGCUUUGAUCCGCGUCCAUCACAUUGGGAGUUAAUGAAACCUGGUAUGGUGUCGCCCCGCUCGCUGCCUUCGAGUCCAACGUUGGGUCACCAGCUACAGAAACGAAUGGCUCAUUACACUCUGCAGACGUUGCUGGGUGCACGUGACAAACUGCGAGAACUCGACACUGCACGACGUGAACUGCGACUCCGACUGCGCCAACAUGAACAAUGUCAAGCGCAGCGAAGGAAACAACCGUGA